AUGCCCUCCUCCCUCCCACGCCCGUUCCAAAUCCUCCUCGCCCUCCUCUCCCUAACCACGCUCGCCUCCGCCCAAUUCGGCUUCUUCGACCAGAUGUUCGGCGGCGGACAACAGCAACAACAACGACAACAGCCCCAGAACGGCCCCAGCGACUCGUCCAUCUACCAGACCAACUUCAAUCGCCUGCACUGCGACAACUACCUGUGUCCGGACACUCUCGCGUGCGUACACUUCCCGCACCACUGCCCCUGCCCGUGGCCCGCGAACGAGGACAAAUUCGAGAUGGGCGAGGGCCACCGGAUAUGCGUGUCGAAGGGGGGCUUCAAGCCGGGCGAGGCCGCGAGGAAGGUCGAGCUAGCUCGGAAAGGGUUGCUAUGA